UAGCUUGAGGUUAAAAGAGGUUAGCCGCGUGCAGCUGUAUUGAUAUACUCGCUUUGGUGGUGAAAUUGCGUCGAAGUCGAUAACUCGUCGAAGUUGUUAUUGACGUACAGUUUUCGGCCACGCGCUCGUAAGCACGAGGAGGAGUCGUGUAUUUGUUGACAGCGCGUUGUAAAACUGGACGGCCAUUCAUUUUUCGAGCUGACUUGAGUGUGCUAGCUCAGUGGCUAGCUGGCUAACUUGUUUACGAGUGUCAUUUCUGGCAAAGAAAGCGUCCCGGCUUUCAUGCCACCAGCUGUUAAACGCGAAAGAGUCGCAGAGUGACUGUUUCACGCAGUUCGCGUGUCUGCGCUUGUGUUACAUUAGCUUCGCGCACAGUUAACAGAAGUAAACUAAAAGCCAGGGGUAGAUCCGCUCGCACCACUCCGGUGUUUACUGAUAACUUGAGCUCUCUCAGCUGACCGUGCUUGGACCAGAGCUCAGCCAUCCUGGACACCAUGUCAGAGCUUUACAUUCGGGUGGCUGAGGAAGAAAAUGAAGAACCCAUGGAGAUCCCGUCAGAGGACGAUGGCACUGUUUUGCUGUCAUCUGUAGCAGCGCAGUUUCCAGGGGCUUGCGGGCUGCGAUACAGAAACCCAGAGACCCAGUGCAUGAGGGGAGUCCGGCUUGUGGAGGGUGUCCUGCACCCACCGGAGAACGACUGGGGAAACCUAGUGUACAUUGUCAAUUACCCCAAAGAUAACAAAAGAAAGAUGGAAGAAAUAGACGCUGCCACAGUUGUGAAAAUUAAAAGGGGCUUUCAGAAGACAUCGGAUCUUAUUGUCCUCGGGUUGCCAUGGAAAACAACAGAACAAGACCUCAAGGAUUAUUUCAGUACCUUUGGAGAGGUCAUCAUGGUGCAGGUGAAGAGAGAUGCAAAAACUGGCAAUUCAAAAGGUUUUGGGUUCGUCCGGUUCACCGACUACGAGACGCAAACCAAAGUCAUCGCUCAGAGACACAUGAUUGACGGGAGAUGGUGUGACUGUAAACUUCCCAAUUCAAAGGCAUGUCCCGAUGAGCCGAUGCGCAGCCGUAAAAUCUUUGUUGGUCGCUGCACAGAGGACAUGACAACCGAUGAUCUGAGGCAGUACUUCAUGCAGUAUGGUGAAGUCACAGACGUCUUCAUUCCCAAACCUUUCCGGGCGUUUGCUUUUGUCACAUUUGCUGAUGACCAGGUUGCCCAAGCUCUGUGCGGAGAGGACCUGAUCAUCAAGGGUGUCAGUGUGCACAUCUCCAAUGCUGAGCCCAAACACAAUAAUAGUAGGCAAAUGAUGGAUCGAGGGCGUUUUGGGGCUGUUCACCAACUCUUUCCCAAUUUCCCGGGAGGAAGCGCCUCAUUGGCAGCAAUGUUCGACAGAUCUCAGUAUCAUUUCCCCUCCUCCCAUGUGUAAAUGCUUUGUCAUCCAAGAACACAGCUUCACUCUGCAUAUACUGUAUUAGACGGUGGGUGUUGUCUUUUUUUCCUCUCCCCCUUUUUUAAUUUUUUUUUAAUUUUUGGGAUAUAGAAAUUUUGUCUGCUGUUGUCACUUUUUGAGAUCAGUGAGUGGGAUUGGUGUUGGCCCGAGUGAGAGUGAGCGAACGGGAGAGCGAAAUGAAAGAAAGCGGUGUGAGUAGGACUGUUGGUGCGGAGUUUUUUCUUUUUUUUGUUGUUUGUUUUUCUUUUGGUUUGUUUUGUUUUUUAAUUCAAAAGAGACAAAUGCCUGCGAGAGUUGAGAAGAACCUGUGGCUUUGUGCGAGUGUGAGAGGAAGAAACCAGUACGAGUGUGUUCACCAUGCCCAUCACAAGGACAUUUAUUGCAUCUCGAGAUCCCUACGGUCUCUUUCUCUCAUUGUUUUCUAUCAACCUUAAAUCUUUAAAAUCACAGUGAAAUGUCAAGUGCUAUGAGUAUUUGUAUCCUUUUGUAGCCUUCUCUUGCUAUCUGAUUUGACGUGAAUGCUGUGUCUGGUUGUGUGCUUUACUUUCUCCUUGUUACCACCCUCUCUGUGUGAAAAUGUGACCUUGUGCUAGUGAAGUCUGUGUGGGUGGGUGGGGUUGCGGGACACUGAAAGAGUGCUGAAGUUUGAAAGCGAGCUCAGAAGUUGAUGUGGUGAAUGUUUGACAAGUUCCCAUUGAAAGUUUGUGUUUGAAGUGGUUACGAAUGCAUUUUCUAUGUUUUGUGAAUAAAGGGAAGUCUGAAAUAAAAUUGAAUUUGACUAGG